AUGGAGCCAGCGACUACAGCACCGACAAGCUGCCUAACCGGUGUAAGUUCCUUCCAUUUGGACACGGAGUUCGUGGAUCAAGUGCUGGAAGUGGGAUGCGCCACCACCGAUAACUUUUAUACGAUUGAGCCCAUUGUCAUUCGGGGCCGCAGCAGACAUGUGCUGUGCCCUCGGACGCAGAAGAUGGGCUCAUCGUAUGUUGACGCUCUUUCUGGAAAACAGCAUGUGGGAUUCUCCAACUACAUGCUCAGCUACUCAUGGGCCUAUCAGGUCGGAGAUGUAGUUGCAUCUCUAGCGCAGCACUGCGAGAAGGAGAAUCAAGAUCCCCAAAGCACAUACUUCUGGAUCUGCUGCCUCUGCAUCAACCAGCAUCAGGUGAUUGAGGUCCGGGAGCAAGGUGAGGAGGUACCGUUUGAGGACUUCCGCGCUGAGUUCCAGAACCGAGUGCAGGGCAUCGGCCGCGUUCUCGCGCUCAUGAUUCCUUGGGACAAGCCCGUGUAUGCAAGUCGUGUUUGGUGUGUCUUCGAGCUGUUUACUGCAGUCAGUGAUGGGACCUGCAGCCUAACUGUGGUCAUGCCACCCAGCGAAGUGUCGCGCUUCUGCAACAGCAUCUCCAACGGUGCCUUCACAGGCUACCUGUGGUUCGCCCUGGAGCAACUGGAUUUGAAAAAUGCGCAGGCUUCCGUGCCAAAUGAUAAGGAUAUGAUCCUGCAACUGGUCGAGGAAGGCGUGGGGACAGACAAUCUGAAUCAGGUUGUUCGGCAGAGGCUGUUGUCUUGGUUGAGCGAAGCAGCAAAUUUGGAAUGCCACAAUCAGUUGUCCUGUGGUAGCUUGGCCGGGGAUUCUGCAGCAAUUGCUGUUGCAGAGACAUCGAACCUUCUGCACAGACUGGGCAAGUUCGAUAAGGCCAGCGUGUUGUUGCUGGCAGCCAAAGAUGCAGUGUUCACAGACGACGCGAGGACGAUUGAGAAGGCGAACCUCUGGCGCGUGAUUGGAAAGAAUUACGACUAUCUGGGACAGAACCAGGAAGCCGCGGCUGCUUUCUGUGAAGCAUCUGAGAUGCUGCGGGUGCUGGGUCAGCUGGAGUCCCAUGAUGGUGCUGCACUGCUGACAUGCGUUGCUGCCAAUUUGCAAGAAGGGGGCCAAGUGGAAGAGGCAUUGGCUAAUUACCGCAAGGCCUGGGAAAUCAGACAAGCAUGCGGUUCGGAACGCUCUUUGGAUGCCUCGGACCUGCUGGCCAUGAUGGGCGUGGCCGAAUGCAGGCUGGGCUCAAACGCUGGGCUCCAGCAUGCACAGGAGGCGAAAAAUCUCCGCAUUCAGCUGGGGCAGCUGAAUACCCCUCAUGGGGCCUAUGUCUUACAGCAGCUUGGGGUCUGCCAUUUCAUGCUUGGAGACUUUCAUGCGGCCAUUGCUGAAUUC